AUGGUUCCGAAGCCAGACGGUGGGUGGCGUCCGUGUGGUGACUACCGCCGUCUUAAUGAUGCGACCACGCCCGAUCGUUACCCGGUGCCCCACAUUCAGGACUUUUCCGUACAUUUGGCGGGGAAGUCCGUGUUCUCUAAAGUGGAUCUGGUGCGGGGUUACCACCAAGUCCCGGUGCACCCGGCGGACAUACCGAAGACGGCAGUGGUGACUCCUUUCGGGCUGUUCGAGUUCCUCAGGAUGCCUUUUGGCCUGAAGAACGCAGCCCAGUCGUUCCAGCGGCUAAUGGACUCGGCACUCAGGGACAUGCCUUUCAUCUUCGUCUACUUGGACGAUGUCCUCGUCGCCAGCUCCUCGGAGGAGGAGCACCUGACACAUCUCCGAGUUCUUUUUACACGGCUCGACCAGCACGGGCUGAUCAUUAACCCGGCUAAGUGUGUUUUUGGGGUGCCGUCCAUAAAGUUCCUCGGGCAUCUCAUCACCAGUGAGGGGGCUGCCCCCCUCCCUUCGAAGGUGGACGCCGUUUCCACUUUUCCACGCCCACGCUCGGCCCGGGGGCUCCGUGAGUUCCUCGGUAUGGUUACCUUCUACCAUCGGUUCAUUCGACAAGCGGCUCACGUAAUGCGCCCGCUCUACGAGGCCCUUAAGGGUACGACCCCCAACCAGGACGUUGUCUGGACCGCGGAGGCGGACCAGGCCUUCGAGGACACAAAAGUUGCGUUGUGCCAGGCCACUAUGUUGGUCCACCCGUCACCUGGGGCCCCGGUUGCCCUCACUACUGACGCGUCCGACUAUGCCGUGGGUGCCGUGUUCGAGCAGUGGGUCGAGGGUACCUGGCAACCGCUCGCCUUUUUCAGCCGCCAGCUAGUCCCCAGGGAGCGUAAAUACAGCACCUUUGACAGAGAGCUGCUCGCUGUUUGGUUGGCAAUCCGCCACUUCCGCUUCGUCCUGGAGGGCCGUGAGUUUACGGUUUUUGUUGACCACAAGCCCCUUACAUUCUCCAUGUCUAAGGUGGCCGAGCCGUGGUCCGCCCGCCAGCAGCGCCAGCUGGCGUUCAUCUCGGAGUAUACCACGGACAUACGACACAUUGCCGGCAAAUCCAAUGUGGUUGCGGAUUGUCUUUCCAGGGCGGUCGUUGGUGCGGUCCAGCUCGGACUAGACUACGCGCGUAUGGGUGCGGACCAGGCCGCAGACCGCACCCUUCAGUCCCUCAAGGACUCGGACACUGGACUGCAGCUGGGAAAGGUCGCGGUCGGCGCUUCUGGGGUCAGGUUGUGGUGUGACCCCUCUACCGGCCAGCCCAGGCCUCUGGUCCCCGCCAGCUGGCAGCGGUCUGUUUUUGAGACUAUACACGGCCUGUCCCAUCCUGGCAGAAAGGCAUCUGUUAGGCUUGUAUCGCAAAAGUUCGUCUGGAGAGGACUCAAGAGGGAUGUGCGGGCCUGGGUUGAUUCUUGUGUGGCCUGUCAGCGUGCUAAGGUGCACCGCCAUACCAAGGCCCCGUUAGAACCUUUUGUUGUUCCGGAGAGGAGGUUUGACCACGUUAACAUCGACCUGGUGGGGCCGCUUCCCCCUUCACGUGGUUUCACUUACCUCCUCACGAUGGUAGACAGGACGACGCGCUGGCCUGAGGCUGUUCCCCUCGCCUCUAUCACGGCUGCCGAUGUGGCUCGGGCGUUCAUUGGCACGUGGGUUUCACGUUUCGGUACGCCCUCUGAUCUAUCCUCUGACCGGGGUGCGCAGUUUACCUCGGAGGUCUGGAACGCUGUGGCGGGGGGUUUGGGUGUCAAGUUGCACCGCACCACCGCAUACCACCCCCAGGCUAACGGACUGUGUGAACGUUUCCACCGCUCUAUGAAGGCUGCCCUUCGGGCCAGCCUGACAGACGGCAACUGGGUUGACAAACUGCCCUGGGUCAUGCUUGGCCUUAGGACCGCCCCCAAGGAGGAUCUGCAGUCCUCGUCCGCCGAGCUUGUUUACGGCCAGGCUUUGCGGGUGCCUGGGGAUUUUAUACCGGAUGCUACGAGACCUUGGUCUGCUACCGAACAGCGGUCCUCCCUGCGGGAGGUGGCCACGGGGUUUGCGCCUGUUCCUACGUCGCAGCACUGCUCCCCUGAGUCCCGGAUGCCCGCUGGCCUCCGCUCUGCGUCGUUUGUUUUCGUCCGCCACGACGCCCACCGUGGACCGCUGCGUCCCCCUUACGACGGCCCGUUUAAGGUUUUGCAGCAUGGGGACAAGAGCCUGGUCGUGGACAUUGGGGGCCCCGCGCCGCGGACGCCCCCCAGUACUUUGUUCCCCUGGUCAGUCGGGAGUUCCUUCGACCGGGACGGUGCCGGCUGCGUCCCCCGCUUCCCUCCCCUCAGCCCCUGCCACUUGUACUCGGAGUGCCACGACUCUGUGAAGCUGAUCAAGUUCGCGGACGACACCACCCUCAUUGGACUCAUCUCCAACAACGAUGAGUCCGCCUACAGGAGGGAGGUGGACCGGCUGGUGUCCUGGUGUCUCCUACAGGAGGAGGUGGACCGGCUGCACCUCCUCCAGCACCUCCUCCAUCACCUCCUCAUCACCUCCUCCAUCACCUCCUCCAUCACCUCCUCCAUCACCUCCUCACCUCCUCCAUCACCUCCUCCAUCACCUCCUCCAUCACCUCCUCCAUCACCUCCACCAUCACCUCCUCCAUCACCUCCUCCCUCAUCUCCUCCAUCACCUCCUCAUCACCUCCAUCACCUCCUCCAUCACCUCCUCAUCACCUCCAUCACCUCCUCCAUCACCUCCUCCAUCACCUCCUGCAUCACCUCCUCCAUCACCUCCUCCAUCACCUCCUCCUUCACCUCCUCCAUCACCUCCUCCAUCAUCUCCUCCAUCACCUCCACCAUCACCUCCUCCAUCACCUCCUCCCUCAUCUCCUCCAUCACCUCCUCAUCACCUCCAUCACCUCCUCCAUCACCUCCUCCAUCACCUCCAUCACCUCCUCCAUCACCUCCUGCAUCACCUCCUCCAUCACCUCCUCCAUCACCUCCUCCAUCACCUCCUCCAUCACCUCCUCCUUCACCUCCUCCAUCACCUCCUCCAUCACCUCCUCCAUCCCCUCCUCCAUCACCUCCUCCAUCACCUCCUCCGUCACCGUGUGGUUCGCUGGAGCCACAGUCAGGGACAAACAGAGACUACAGUGCAUUGUGGUCUCUGCAGAGGAAGUGA